AUGCCUGGCCUCGCUCUCGACACAUCUAACCUUUCUGGCAGCCAACCAGCCACCAUGCCAACAUCAGUAAACAAGGUCCUGGCCGAUGUCGCCUCGCAAGAGUCGAGCCGCCUGCCCUCUCCUCAGCCCACCCACAUGUCUUCCCACAACAGCAAUGGCCACCGCAAGCUUCGCUCGGCCACCGUUGGCUAUGUCGCCCCCGAGUUUGCUGGCAAGGUCGAGCAGAUGAAGACUGUCCGCAAGAUCAUCUCCGACAAUGGCUGGAUCCCCGAGGCCCUCAUCGAAGAGCAGACUCGCUGGUUCUACGAACAGCUCGGCAUCGAUGAUGUCUACUUCCGCAUUGAGACCCCCGACGUCAUCGCUAACCAAAUCACUUCCCUCUACGCCGCCAAGGUCGCCGCCAACUCCCGCGAGGACAAGCGCGAGGAGAUCCGCCUCGACAUGGAGGCCGAGGACCACGCCAUCUACAUCGACACCAGUGAGCCUGGUCAGUCCAAUGUCUUUGGUCCUCGUUAUGAGGGCCGCCUUGAGGCCAAGUACCUCGACCACUCCGAGAGGACCAAGUACCGCGUCGAGACCUUCCGUUCACCUGCUGUCAUCGGCGCCAGCCCCAACUCCAAGGCUACCCUCCGUUGCUACUUUGUAUACAAGUGUGACUUCAAGCAGAGCGUUGAGAAUACCGAUCCUAAGGAGACAAACCUCGAGCUCAUCUCCGACCACGGCUUCUGGCAAAAGGCCACCGAAAACACCAAGCAGAUCUACCAAGAAAUCAUCGAGCUCGCCGUCGCCCGUACCGGCCCCGUCAUCGAAAUCUUCGACAUUGAGGACUCGGUCGAGAAGCGUCUCGUCGUCGCCUUCCGCACUCGCACUGCCCGCGGCAUGUUCUCCUCCCUCUCCGAUCUCUACCACUACUAUGGCGUCACCUCCUCCCGCAAGUAUGUCGAGCAGUUCUCCAACGGUAUUUCCGUCAUGUCCAUCUACCUGCGUCCCGCCUCUACCGAGCACGGUUACUUCCCCCCCAUGGAGGAGUCUAUUCACCAAAUCACUAAGGAAAUCUCCCUGCUCUACUGCCUUCCCCAGAACAAGUUCCACAACCUGUUCGCCACUGGCGAGCUGAGCCUUCAGGAGGCCGUCUACGCUCACUCCACCUGGGUCUUCGUGCAGCACUUCCUUAACCGUCUCGGCCCCGAGUACGUCUCCCUUUCGGAGAUUAUCGAUCACAACGACAGCGCCCAGGCUGCCCUUCUCUCCAAGCUCAAGCGCCGUCUCCGUACCGAGACCUUUACCCCCGACUACAUCUAUGAGAUUAUCCAGUCCUACCCCGAGCUUGUCCGCUCCCUGUAUGCCUCCUUCGCCAAUGUCCACCUGAGCGUUGGUCCCGACUACGACCGCGCGUACCUUGCCCCCACCCCCAAGGUUGAGGUUCUUUCGGACGAGAAGCUCAAGGACAAGAUCUCCAAGACUGUAGCUAACGAGCACGACGAGAUGGUCAUGACAGCUUUCCGCGUCUUCAACAAUGCUAUCCUCAAGACCAACUACUUCACUCCUACCAAGGUCGCCCUCAGCUUCCGUCUCGAUCCCUCUUUCCUCCCCAUGGCUGAGUACCCCCGCCGUCUCUACGGCAUGUUCCUCGUCAUCGGUGCCGAGUCGCGUGGUUUCCACCUGCGCUUCCGUGACAUUUCUCGCGGUGGUAUCCGCAUCGUCAAGUCCAGAAGCAAGGAAGCCUACGGCAUCAAUGUCCGCAACCUCUUUGAUGAGAACUACGGUCUUGCCAGCACACAGCAGCGCAAGAACAAGGAUAUCCCUGAGGGCGGUUCCAAGGGUGUCAUCCUCCUCGACCCCAAGCAGCAGGACCGUGCCCAGGAGGCCUUUGAGAAGUACAUUGACUCUAUCCUUGAUCUCCUCCUUCCUGCCGAGACACCCGGUAUCAAGAAUCCCGUGGUGGAUCUGUACGGCAAACAGGAGAUCCUCUUCAUGGGUCCUGAUGAGAACACUGCCAACCUUGUCGACUGGGCUACUGAGCACGCCCGCAUUCGCGGCGCCCCUUGGUGGAAGUCGUUCUUCACUGGCAAGUCCCAGAAGCUAGGUGGUAUCCCCCACGACAAGUACGGUAUGACUACCCUGUCUGUCCGCGAGUACGUCAAGGGCAUCUACCGCAAGCUGAACCUCGACCCUGCUACUGUCCGCAAGAUGCAGACCGGUGGUCCCGACGGUGACCUGGGCAGCAACGAGAUUCUUCUCGGCAACGAGAAGUGGACCGCCAUUGUCGACGGUUCCGGUGUCCUGGCUGACCCCAACGGUCUCGACAAGGACGAGCUCGUUCGCCUCGCGAAGAAGCGUGCCAUGAUCAGCGAGUACGACUUGUCCAAGCUGUCCAAGGACGGUUACCGUGUUCUGUGCGAGGACAACAACGUGACCCUCCCCAACGGCGAAGUCAUCUCCAACGGUACCUCGUUCCGCAACACGUACCACCUCCGCGACACUGGCAUGACUGAUGCCUUUGUUCCGUGCGGUGGCCGUCCUGAGUCCAUCGAUCUUAUCUCGGUUAACCGCCUGAUCAAGGAUGGAAAGGCCGUUAUUCCCUACAUUGUUGAAGGUGCCAACUUGUUCAUCACCCAGGAUGCUAAGCUCCGCCUGGAGGCUGCCGGCUGCAUCCUCUACAAGGAUGCGUCUGCCAACAAGGGUGGUGUGACGUCGUCGUCGCUCGAGGUUCUGGCUUCGCUGUCGUUUGAUGACGCCGGGUUCAUCGAGAACAUGUGCGUCGACGCUAAGACUGGCGAGGCUCCUCAGUUCUACAAUGACUACGUUCGCUCGGUGCAGGCCAAGAUCCAGGAGAAUGCUCGUCUCGAGUUCGAGGCCAUCUGGCGGGAGCACGAGAAGACUGGCGAGCCCCGCUCGAUCCUGUCUGACAAGCUGUCGAUUGCCAUUACCGACCUCGACGAGAAGCUCCAGCAGUCGGACCUGUGGUCCAACACGGAGAUCCGUCAUGGUAUCCUGAAGGACGCUCUGCCCAAGCUUUUGCUGGACAAGAUUGGUCUCGAGACGAUUAUCGAGCGUGUCCCGGAGAGCUACCUGCGCAGCAUCUUUGGUAGCUACCUGGCGUCUCGUUUCGUGUACGAGUUUGGCGCGGAGCCCAGCCAGUUUGCUUUCUUCGACUUUAUGUCGAAGCGCAUGGCGGCUAUCGGCGACGGCGAGGUCAACGGCAACGGCACCGAGCGCCUGCGCCGGGCUUCCAUCAGCAAGCACUAG